GUAUAUAUAUAUCGAUAAUUGAAGAGAAGAUAACAUUAAGAUAUAUUCAAUAAAAAUUAAUAUCAAACUCUGAAUAGAAAAGCAAGAAAAAUUAAAAAUGCGAGUGAAUGUAAAUGCAUUACAAGUAUUAAUACUUUUAUUUGUAUUUCAAAGAGGAGAAUCGAAAGCUAUCAAAUGUUAUCAAUGUAAUAGUAAAAAGGAUAAAGAUUGUACUAUCAAUACGGUAGAUAUAAGAUAUUUGAAACCAUGUCCUGCGUCACAACCAUUUUGUCGUAAAGCUGUGUAUAUAUAUUAUUUUAUGAAUUCUCGAGAAUAUAUAAUAAUACGUGAAUGCGCAAAGUGGUGGAACAAUGACAAGGAAUGUUAUAGAGGUCGUUAUCCACGUGAUAGUUAUCAAUACGUAUGCGAAUGUAAGAGUACAGGAUGUAAUCGAUCGACGAGAUUCUCAUUGAAAACUAUUAUUUUUUUGUAUAUUUUGUGUCAAAUAAUUAUCUUUCUCGUUGGAAAUCCUACCUGACACAAAUGCAUCAUUGAAAAUAGACUGGAGACAUUUAAUUGAUUAUCGUGAUGACAUUCCUUUAUCAAGACAUUCUUGCAAUAAUUUUACUUUACGAGUAGAGUAUA